AUGUCGUCGGAAGAUAUUGCCAUCGAUGCUCCUCCUACCGAUAUAAACCCCUACGAAGUUCUUUCAGUCCCUAAAACCGCCACGGACGCCGAGAUCCGUACCGCAUACCGCAAGCUCGCGCUCAAAACACAUCCUGACAAGGCUGCGCCGGAAAACAAAGCUACCGCUCAUGCCGAAUUCCAAAAGAUCGCGUUUGCGUAUGCGGUGCUUAGCGAUGAAAAACGACGGGCGAGAUAUGAUCGUACAGGCAGGACCGACGAGAAGGUGUUGAACGGCGAUGACGUUGAUGAUGAGGACUUUGAUUGGGAGAGCUUUUAUAAGGAGAUGUGGGCGGAUGUUGUUACCGGUGAUACUUUGACUGAGUUUAAGAAGACAUAUCAGGGAUCUGAUGAGGAGCGAGAAGAUUUACUCGCAAUCUUUGAAGAAGUUGAAGGUGAUAUGGAUAAACUCUUUGAAAACGUUAUGCUUUCGGACCCACUUGCCGACGAAGACCGUUUCCGCAAAAUAAUCGAUGCCGCUAUCAAGGCCGGCGAAGUCGAGGGGUACCCCGCGUAUGUCAAUGAAACGAAGAAGACCAAACAAGCGAGGAAGAAGAACGCAGAAAAGGAGAGUAAAGAAGCCAUGGAUUAUGCGAAGAAGCUAGGAGUUUACGACAAAUUAUUUGGAAAGGACGAGAACCAACCAGAUGUCGAGGAAGUUGAUGAUGAAGAACCUGCCCCAUCAGCCCGUGGGAAGAAGAAGAAGGCCGUCACGACUAAGAAAAAGAAGGGAGGCAACCCGGAAGAUGAUCCCAACCACCCAUUGGCGGCUCUGAUCCGCAGCCGUCAAAAGGACAGGGGAGUCCGGGCUACCGACUUCUUUGAUAAUCUAGAAGCCAAGUAUGGCCAACCAGCGGCGAAGAAAGGGAGAAAGAGAGUCAGCGCAGAGCCAGAACCAUCUGAAGAAGAUUUCUUAGCUGCCCAGGCUCGCCUAAAUGGGAAUGGGGGUGGGUCUGGAAGGAACAAGAGAACUCGGAGAUAA